CGCUUCUGUGGUACAGAUUUACUAGUAAAUCUUGAUAACUAGAAUACGUUUAACGUUCGUUUUGUGUAGUGCAAUAGUAAAUAUUGUUCGGUUUUGUUUGGUUAGUGUUAGAACAUUAGGUUAUACUGUACUAGGCUAGAGAUACUAGUACUGGUAGCAAAGCGAACGUCAGCUAGUUGACAGACAUGGCCAAGAGAUUUUCUCGCCAAGGUCAUAACAAAAUGCUGAAAUUUGGUGAAGCUUUUGAGAUUUUACCAGACUUUCUUAUAAAUCUCAACAACAGAAACAAAGAGAAACUCAACAAUUUAUCAAAAUACAGCGGUGACUUUAAAGACAAGAGGUUGAUAGAAUGUGUGUUUCUUAUUACUGACGAGUUGAAACUAGAUCCUCUGGUUGGAUAUCAUGCUGUAGAAUUACUUGAAAGGUUCAUGAUAAAGCAUCUUGAAGAUCUGUUCACAACGCCCACACCUCAAGGUGCUGCAUUAUGUGAUCAUGGACACUAUGAGGAUCUUGUUUAUGAAAAACUCCACGAGAAAUUCUAUCUCAUUGUCCUCUCAUGUGUUCAACUAGCAAGCAAACUGUCUUUGCACAGUGGUAUUGUGGACAACAAUACUGCUGUGCAGUUUUUGCACUCUAUGGGGCACAGUGUCUCCAAACGGACUCUCUUGGAAUCAGAGUUGAUGAUCUUGAAAGUCCUAGACUAUAGGCUGAACGUCCCAAACCCUCUUACAUAUGUGGAGAUACUUCUGGAGGUUCUUGUGCACAACGAGUCCUCCAUUCCUGUGGAACACUUGCAUCACCUGAGUCGCCACGUCCUGCAGUUCACCUACUUACAGAAGACGGCCAUCUACAAUUCCUUGCUCAUGGCCACCACUCGCCGCUCGAGUCCUUCAAAUGAACAGAGAGAGGUGUUUGUGCCUGUGACAGAAGACUGCAUGCUGCUUGGUGUUGGUGUCAUUGGUGUUGCUGCAUACAUCCACAAUGUCCCGAUGUGGAAACAGCUGUUUUGUUUCAGGUGGUGGAAGAACUGAGUCAGAUCACAGGGAUCUCUGUGAAGAGCAUCCAGGAUUUCACUCAUGUGACACUGAUGCACAUUACGAGGACCAAUUUUACUGUAGAAUGAACUUGAACUGUGAAAAUCUAUUUCAAAUAUUUGUUUUAUUUGUCAUUUGCCAAUCAGUAUUUAUAUUCAACAAAUAUAGGUUUUCAGCAACA